GAAAAAUCAUGUGGGUGAUAGUUCAAGUCUAGGUUACAUGUGAUGGAAACAUCAGGCAGAUGACAGCGGCAAAAUGGCAGACGACGUGUCAAAGUAUCUAUACGUUCCGAUCCUCCUGGGAAUCUUAGUUGUGGUGCUACUGGUCGUUCUCGUAUGGUGUCUGUGUAAGAGAUGCGGGUCAAGAUAUGACUACAGUGUGUUGCGCAGUGAUAUGGAACUACCACAAAAAAUGGACAUGGAGAGACGAGACCAGCAGAACAGUCUCCGAGAUAAUGCCUGGAUGAACUGCAGUUUCUACUUGAGAUCACACCCCCAGUAUGAUAAGGUCCAGCAACUGGAGGACAUGGGGUGUAGAUCUGACAAAUUUUGGUUCAAAGUAUUUGACAAAAGAACAAAGUCGGAGAAAAUUCUGUCAAUAUCACCAUCCAGCCCAAAUAUGAUUCCUUCAUUUAGCCUAACAACUAGUAAAAACUUGAAAGACUUACUAACCCUUAUCAAGCAUCCGUAUUUGUUUCCACUGUCAGAUGUAGACUUUGUCGUAGAUCAGCGGCUUGUUGUCACCAUUCAACCAGUGUCUAUGAGGGGCUCACUUAAAGACUAUAUAUAUCAGUAUAGAUUUAAUGAGCAGUAUUCUCUGAAGUACAAACAUCGAAGUCGGGGACUAAGUCCAGGACAGGUGAAGCUGUUUGGUCGUCAGGUGCUGGAGGCCCUGAUCUUGCUGGAUGACAAAGGUUUUCCUUCCCACGGCAAUGUACAGUCUGGUAACAUCAUGUUCUCCAAGGACUGCUGCAGGUUGGGAGGCUGUGAGAAUGUGUUCCUGGGAUUCUCUUCUCGUCUAUAUCCAGUGAUAAAGAGAAAGAUCAAAGAAGACAAAGACAUAGAUAUUAUAAGUUUUGGUCAUUUAUUAUUUGAGAUGUGUACUGGUGCAGAGUUACCUACAGCCCACCCGAAACCUAAUGAUCUGGAUAGGUGUACAAAUGAACAAGUAGAGAUGCUGAACUACAUAUUUAGUAAUGAUUCUGGAAAGUAUCCCAGUUUGCAAGAUAUAUGUCAACAGCCAUAUUUUAGAGUAAACCUCCCGGAGUUGGAUAUAUACAACCCUGCCCCUAUUAGUCUGUCCUCCCCGAUGAAGUCUCUAUUGAAGUCAGUACGUAAAGGAAAGGUCCCACCAAAGAAAACUAAAAGGAAAGAGAAGAGAACUCCUACACCUCCAUCCAAUAGCACCUCUUCAUCAGGAUUGCCUCCUCCUGCCCCUCCUCCAGGGGUACCCCCACCUCCACCUCCCCCUCCUGGACCCCCUAUCCCAGGACCACCACCACCGCCCCCACCACCACCGAGCUCAUCUGCUCCACCCCCACCAUCAUCGUCGGGGAGGACUGCUCUGCUCAGCUCCAUCAGACAGGGUGCUAAGCUGAAGAAAGCAGUGACUGUGGACAAAAGUGCCCCCAGGAUAUGAUCUCUCAACUUUCACCUCUGAACCUAUCCAUCGGGUCACCAGACUGAAUGUUGGUAUACCCUAUAAGUUUUGUACAUCCAGGACCGGUGACAGCAAACAAAUAUAUACUCACUUUAAUCAAAUAUGCCCCAUUCUUAUAAUAUCUUACUGUGACAAUAUACACUGAGAGUUGUGAAUAAUCAUGACCUAGGCUCAGGUCAGAUCUAGCAUUAAAUGUAUUUCUGAAAGAAAUCUGGUCUAUUCAGUUGCUGUAAAUUGUUAUUGUUUCUUUUGAAACUGUUCAGGUUAGAAUUGAAAUGAGAUUGUAACACAGAAUUGUUUUGUUAUUGUUGAGUCCAUUUAAAAUAACCAGGCCAUUUUGUCUAUUUAUCAUUAUGUAACAGUUGAGAAAUUGUUGUUUUAACUGAUUGAAAUCCACGAUAGGUUCACUGUUUCUGAACUCAUUUCCCCUUGUGCAUAAGAUCAACUUCUGUAAAAGAUUGUUAUCCCCACCUGACAAGGUCAAGAAAGGGAUAUAGUGUUCUGCUGUAACUUUGUGCUUACAUAUUGUCAAUUUUUGUUAAAUUUCACAGAUCUAGUAUGAAAAUAUAGCAAAUUGGUUUUUGUUGACAGAGAGGAUUUGUAUUGUUUGGGAUGUCUUUUUAUCUAUCAUGCAUAUAUUGCUAGUUUUUGUCUCCAAUCAUCCACCAUAGAACAUUUAUUCUCUCACCCUGGACAAGGAUAUCCGCAGUUUUACCGGGGUGAGAUUUUCUUAUCUCACCCUAGGGAAAAGACAAGCUACACAUGCUCUUUGAACGCGCUAUUGUUUUCGAUAGGGUGAC